CGCAAGCCUCGCCGGCCCCUGUUUGCCCUGGUUGUGCAGGUUUGCGCACCAAUUCACGUGCCGUAGUGCUUUUUGGAGGCGAGCUGCACGCAGCUGGCAGCUUUACGCUCCCCCAAGUGCGUCGCCCGCUGGACUGCACCCAGGAGGGCUUAGUGCAGUUACGAGCAGCGCGGCGGAGCUCCCCGGCGCGUCGCCCUGAGAACAGCAACAGAGAGCGCAUAGUGCAGCUACGCGCAGCGCGGGUCGCCGCAGCGCCGUUGAGCAGCGCAGGGCGCCGCAGCGAGCCAUGGGCGGCGAUAAGAAAGAAAAGAAGAGCAAGAAGAAGGACAAGGCCGACGAGGGCGGCCUCGUCAUCGCCCCGUCGUCCGUCACGCCGAAGCUCGACACGUCGGGCUGGCCGCUGCUGCUCAAGAACUACGACAAGUUGAAUGUGCGGACGGCGCACUACACGCCCAUCCCCGCGGGCUGCUCGCCGCUCAAGCGGCCGCUCGCCGAGUAUUUGAGAUAUGGCUGCAUCAACCUGGACAAGCCCGCGAACCCGUCGUCGCACGAGGUCGUCGCCUGGAUCAAGCGAAUUUUGAGAGUCGAAAAAACGGGUCACAGCGGCACGCUGGACCCGAAGGUGACGGGGUGCCUCAUCGUCUGUGUCGACCGGGCGACGCGCCUCGUGAAGAGCCAGCAGGGCGCGGGCAAGGAGUACGUCGCAGUGCUGCGGCUGCACGGCCCCUGCGCCGAGACGAAGGUGAAGCGCGCCGUCGAGACGCUCCAGGGCGCUUUGUUCCAGCGGCCGCCGUUGAUUUCGGCCGUGAAGCGGCAAUUGAGAAUUAGGACCGUCUACGCUUCCACAUUACUCGAGUACGACGCGGAACGCCACCUCGCGGUCUUCCACGUCAAGUGCGAGGCGGGGACGUACAUCCGAACGCUCUGCGUCCACCUCGGGCUGCUCUGCGGCACGGGCGGCCACAUGCAGGAGCUGAGGCGGGUGCGGUCCGGCGCGAUGGACGAGAACCGGCACCUGUGCACGAUGCACGAUGUUUUAGAUGCGCAGCAUCAUUUUGAUGCGACGAAGGACGAGUCCUACCUGCGGCGCGUCGUGCUGCCGCUCGAAAUCCUGCUGACGGGGUUCAAGCGGCUGGUCGUGAAGGACUCUGCCGUGAACGCGAUCUGCUACGGCGCGAAGCUCAUGCUGCCCGGCUUACUACGCUUCGCCGACGACAUCGACGUGAACGAAGAGGUCGUGCUGAUGACGACGAAGGGCGAGGCCAUCGCCAUCGGUAUCGCGAUGAUGACGACGUCGGUCAUGGCCGACUGCGACCACGGCGCCGUCGCGCGCGUCAAGCGCGUGAUCAUGGAGCGCGACACGUACCCGCGCAAGUGGGGCCUCGGGCCCAUGGCGACGAAGAAAAAGGCACUCGUCGCGGAGGGCAAAGUCCACAAGAACGCGGCCUACCCGGCGCCCCUCGAGGCGUCCUACGACGCGAAAGAUGCCACGCCCGCCGACGACGAGGCCGCGCGCAAGGCCGAAAAGAAGGCGAAGAAGGCCAAGAAGAAGGCGCUCGAGGGCGGCGAGGAGAAGGAGAAGAAGAAAAAGAAGAAGAAGAAGAGCGAUGACUAGCUUCGCGCUCUGUUUGGGUAAGGAGGCGGGU